UUUCUCCUCCCAUCUCUCCUCUCGCUCCCUCAUUGCUGGUUGCUCGCACCGACCAGCUCACAGCCAAAGAGAUCCUCUGUCCCUCUCACACUGAUCCCCCCCUCCUCCCUGACUAACACAGAGACAUUACUCCACAGGAAGUUAUUGCUCAAGCCUAAAGGACUCUUGUAACCAAAGAAGUAGCAACAGUGUGGAGGAGGAGGAACAACCGUUAAGUGAAUUAGCCGCACCUCUGAGGUGUGAAGAGCGGUUCAAGUCAAGUCAAGUAAAACAGUUUACGAGACACCUGAGGACUCCAGCCGCAAGACAUGACUCAGAGCAACGGGGAGAACCCCCAGAGGAGCCGGAGCGGUCUCCACCAGAUCCGAGCCGGGAUCCAGUCCAGGUCGCUGCUGGCCAAGAAGAGAGUGGAGAACAUCACCAGGAGCGACGUGAAAGGAUGCUUCAUGAGAAACGCCUUUGUGAUCUUCACCGUCGCCGCUGUCAUCAUCGGCAUCAUCCUGGGAUUUGCCGUGCGGCCUUAUAAGAUGUCGCACCGUGAAGUGAAGUUCUUCUCCUUUCCCGGAGAGCUGCUGAUGAGGAUGCUGCAGAUGCUCGUGCUGCCCCUUCUGGUCUCCAGCCUCAUCACAGGUAUGGCCGCUCUGGACAGCCGUGCUUCUGGGAAAAUGGGCAUGAGGGCUGUGAUCUAUUACACCACCACCACCGUGAUCGCUGUGUUCAUCGGUAUCGUCAUGGUGCUCAUCAUUCACCCUGGGAAAGGAUCAAGGGAUGAGUUCGCCAAGCAGCCGAAGAUAGAGCAGAUCAGCCCUGCAGACGCCUUCCUCGACCUGAUCAGAAACAUGUUUCCUCCUAACCUUGUGGAGGCUUGCACCAAACAGUUUAAGACGCAGUAUGCCAAGAGAGUAGUCCACGUUACCAUGACAGUGAAUGACACGAUAUUCGCUGUCAACGGUAGCCAUGAGAUAACCCGGGAGGAGAUGAUCCCGGUGCCGGGGUCAGUGAACGGAGUCAACGCUCUGGGCCUGGUGGUGUUCUCCAUGUGCUUCGGCCUGAUCAUCGGCAGUAUGAAAGAACAGGGGCAGCCCCUCAAGGACUUCUUCGACUGUCUAAACGAGGCCAUCAUGAGGCUGGUCGCCAUCAUCAUGUGGUAUGCCCCCAUUGGUAUCCUGUUCCUGAUUGCGGGUAAGAUUGUGGAGAUGGACGACAUCACAUCCAUGGGUGGACAGCUGGGAAUGUACACAGUGACCGUCAUCUGUGGCCUGCUCGUCCACGCCAUCGUGGUCCUGCCAACGCUUUACUUCGUCAUCACCAGGAAGAACCCUUUUGUGUUCAUCGCCGGGAUUCUGCAGGCGCUGGUUACUGCUCUGGGAACGUCAUCCAGGUAUAUGGGACUGCAUGAUUUACAAGUUUAUUUCUUUUUUCAUUUUUUUUCCACAUUUAAUCAUAUUGUUCCUCCUUUUCCCCCUCUCAGUUCUGCCACUUUGCCCAUCACCUUCAAAUGCCUGGAGGAGAACAACAAGGUGGACAAACGCGUGACCCGAUUUGUGCUCCCUGUUGGCGCCACCAUAAACAUGGACGGCACUGCGCUAUACGAGGCCCUGGCAGCCAUCUUUAUCGCCCAGGUCAAUAACUAUGACCUCAACUUUGGACAGAUUCUCACCAUCAGUAUCACGGCAACAGCAGCCAGCAUUGGAGCAGCUGGAAUCCCUCAGGCUGGACUGGUCACCAUGGUGAUAGUGCUAACCUCUGUAGGCCUGCCCACCGAUGACAUCACGCUCAUCAUUGCUGUCGAUUGGUUUCUGGACCGACUGCGCACCACCACCAACGUCCUCGGAGACUCCAUCGGUGCAGGUAUUGUGGAACACCUUUCUCGCCACGAGUUGCAGAAGAAGGACCCUGAGGCUGUGAACUCGGUGGUGGAGGAGGCAGACAAGAAGCCGUACCAGCUCAUCUGCCAGGAGAACGAGUACGAGAACGAGAGGCCUGCGGCCAGUGAGACCAAGAUGUAGGAGGGCGGGUUGCAAACUUUCUUAGGGAAACCAUUGAACUGCUUCGAACUACUUUCCAAAUUAUGUUGAUCUACAGCUAGAAAAUAUUUCAGCCAAGAUGAAUUUCACUUGUGUGCGGUCUAGUGUGGACCUUCCUUACACACUGCAGACUUGAAAUGUUGAAUUCUUUUUUUUUUUCUAAGGGUUUGUGCUAUGAAACUUCCUGAAAGUACCAUUUAUAUCUGCCAAAUGUGGUUGGCAGCUGUUUACUAAUACGGAUGAACGACUGUAGAACUUAGUCGACCGUGGCCUGCAUGUCAUCUCAAACUUCACUCUGAGCUGUGAUGACUGAUUUCACCCUCUAGAGGCCAGUAUUGCAGUGAGUUUAACACACUUGUACAUGCUUUCUCUGGCUUUAAAGUUGUUGUUUUUGUUUAGUUUGAGUGUUGUUGCAUGAGGACAAUUGUGAGUGAAAUGGGUGUCCAAAUCUGUCUGGAGAGUGAUGUGAAAUGAGUGAGGUGUUUUUGCGUAUACACUGGGCUGACUGGGCCAAAUUCUUUGGGAGAAAAAGGGCUGUGAAUUUACAACUAAUGUAUAGACAUCAGUGGCUUUGUUUUCAAUGAUUUUGUGUACAGACUGAAUGAACGAAUGAUGUCAUGUAGCUUUUUUUCCUCUCUCCUGACUGUCCAAAUAAGUGCUGCUGAUGGGCAAACAGAGCUUUCAUCUUGGCAAAAGUUUGUUCCAAAUUCCCCCUGCAAUCAUUCAAACUGUCUGACCAAAAGCAUUCAGCCAUCCUGUGGCUUUACUACGAAUUUGAAUCAACUACUUGAUAUUAUAUUUCAACCAAAAUACAGCACCAAAUACAUGCUUUAAAAUCAUAAUAAUCUGUUUUAAACCAUAACAAACAGUUUCCAAAUAAAUCGCUAACCAGCUGAUUCAAGGGGAAAGCUGUGGAAGCCCUAAGAGGACAUGCAUCCAUGCAUUUUAUUAAACUCUGUUUUAACAUAUUAAAGGUCCAAUAUGUAAGAUAUCUACUGAAUUAAAUCAUAAAAUGACCUUACAAUAGCAUCAGACAUUAAGGAAAACAUGCUAUGCUGAAGUGUUGGCUUCUCAACAAUGCAGCAGCCAGUAUGUCCUCCUUCUAACUUUAGAUUCUGGUGCUGAACGGUUUGUUGUUGUAGCAAGAAAGCAGGCUAGCGAUCUGGUUGAGAUAUAACUGAUUCUGCCCGACCUCUGCAUGAACGGAGAGAGGUUAGAACACAGAAAGGUUUACAGACCGAUGCAGAGCUGGCUAAACACCGAAGCUACAUAUUGCUCCUUUAAUGAGUCAUUUCCGGUUGCUUUUUCAGUAUCUCGACUUGGGAUAACAACCUUGGUUUUUAUGAUAACAGGUUCACUUCAGUUGUUUUCUCAAAAUUUCAUGAAAACAACAGCGUUAUCACAGUGAAACCAGCGUUGUUAACUCGAGAUAACAACUUCAAUAAGUGCAGAUCUCAAGAGAACAAUCGGAAAUGACUCGUGAACACAGGAGACUGGAGUAAUAUAAAAUGUAUGGAUGCAUGUCCACUCAGGGCUUCCGUAGAAAACAGUAAUGAAUGCGUUUCAAACAUUUCUAAUGGUAAUUUUUUAGUCAGUCUUUUAACAAUAUCCAUGAUUUGUAACAUUUACCGGAAGAGGAUUUUUUAAAAUAUAUGAGUAAAAACGUAAUUAGAAAAAUAUAAUUUUCAUUUUUUUGCUAGUCCAUAGGCAAGUAGCCUAUUUUCUAUUCUUAAUUUAGUUUCCCUUAAGUGAUAAAAUCUUAACAAAAUUUUUAAUUGAUUUUCAUGUGGAUGCAUGUUGUAAAAACAAGGAUUUCUCUUCUUCAAUUUCCCCAUUUGUUAUUGUAGUUAGCUUGAAUUAGAAGGUGAUAUUUAGCAUUUGAGCCGAUCAGUAUGUAUAACAAAUGUAACAUUUACGUAGAAGACGCUUUGUAUAGAAGGUCCCUCUGAAUAUACUGUACUUGUAUAGAAAAAUGUAGAUAAACGUGUACAAUAAUUGUAGAUUUGAAUUGUAAAGAGUUACUGGAGGAUUGCGUAUAUGUAAAGAAGCUGUUGUGAAACUCUAAUGACCGAACUAACGAUCCCUCUAGUUUUGUACAAAAGUACAAAAGUGGCUGAUUUAAGGGACCAAAUGUUUUCCUCUAAACGCUCAAGGAAACGGAACAGUUCCUUUGUUUACUGUUGCUGUCUUUGCAGUUCUUUAUUGAUCUGAGUGUUUCAUAAAUGCACAUGUGAGAGUACGCGCACACACACACACACACACACACACACACACACACACACACACACACACACGCACGCACGCACGCACACACACACACACACACACACACACACACACACACACACACGCACACACACACACACACACGACUGGAAAAAGUUUGUAGUUUUAAUCUUGCAUGGAUUUCUUUUUUCAAUAAAAAUAUGAAAUCAG